AUGGCUCGUGCAGGAGUAGUUGUUAUCCUGUUUUGUUAUUUUCAGAUGUUAAUGACGAAGUCUAUUACAGAUGACACCCCAGAAGAAUGUAAGAAAUAUGGAAUAUGUGCAAAUGUUGAAAACUACCCCACUGAAUUAGCACGGAAAUUGAUCGCAGAGCUUAAAGCUCAAAAUAUCCUUUUUAAUGUUGACGAACCUCCAGAAGAACCAACUACAGUUGAAUGGAGGUUUGGAUCAGAUGAGGACAUGGAAGCAGACAAACAAAGUCUUUGUAAAAGUAUAAAAAUGUCAUGGCAACCACAAGUUGCUUACCACGAGAGUGGUGAUCUUAAGUAUAUCUUAAACAAUGACCAACCAUUACAAGCAUUCAAUGCAGGAAUAUGCCCAAAUUCCAACGGACCAAGAGAUGAUAUAUCCAUGAUAUGCCGCAGUGAAACAAUGAUGAUGGGAUACGAAGGCCAGUGCAUUGAGAAAACGAGACUCGUCGAAAUGUAUUAUAUAGAGGGCAACCGAACUGCAAGAGGGUACUUUCUUGUUCCAACAUGCUGUUCUUGUGACUUAAAACGUAUC